AACAAAUUGCUGGAGAAAUUCAGCAGGUCUGGCAGCAUCUGUGGGCAGAGAAACAGAUUUAACGUUUCGAGUUCGGUGACCCUUCAGGACAGCACUUGUGGAGGAACGAUUAGGUUCCGGUUCUGGUCGCACCGUCCAGCCAGGGAUAAUCUAGAAGAUAACAAUGCCUCGUGGGAGUGCCUCAAGCAAUCGUUCCAAUGCAAGCGAUGGGGACAUGGAGGGACUUGCUGAAACAGAGUUGGCAAAGCUGCAGCAUCAGUUUCGAAUCAUGGAAGGAGACCGCCAGGCCUACACUCUCGAGUCACAGCAGCUGCUCAGGAAGCAGUUGGUGGAAAUUGACAAUCUGGAAAAGGACCGCGAGGAGCUGAUGUUGAACCUAAGGCUGUUGGGCAGUAAACGCAACCAGAAGGAGGACAGGGAAAACAUGGAAAGUGUUCAGAAUAUGCUUAGCUACCAAGAAGAGCUGGAGGAUCAGAUUGCUAGAGAGAAGCAAAUGAUCACGGAUCUUGAACAUGAGAUAAAGAUGUUGAAGCAAAAGAUCUUUGAGCAGAAGAAGGACUUGAGUAAAGGUGUAAAUGUUCAAGUGAUGAAUGAACAGGUGCUGAAGAACAUUGGAAUCAUGGAGGACAGGUUGGACAGGGCUCUGAGGAAGUUUAAUACCCAGCUUACGAGGAAUGGGCAAUUGAGGAAACAGAUUGACACUCUACGUGUUGAGCGCGCAAGGUUUGAGCAGCUCCAGAAGAAACUGGGAAAAGUGAGGAUUGAAAAUCAUUCUUGUUCGUCUCGUUUUAGGUAG